AUGGCUGCUACCCUGGGGUUGAGAUGGGCUCUGACGGUCUAUGGCAUGAUAGAUCUUGUUGUGCCAUACUUGCUUGGACGAGAACUCAAUGCGCGACGGCUAUCUUUCAACCGUCGUGUCGGCGAUAUGUUGCUUCGAACACGAUUUACGAGAUCACGAGGUCGGUUCCUUCUGAGACGACUAAAGCAUGGCAUUAUCAAUACGGUACGGCCGCCAAAGUCUCCGCUACUGAGUCUACCUUACGAAAUACGCGAGCAGAUCUACCGAGCUAUGUGCACAUCAGAGUCUGAUGGCAGAGUCAUUGGACUUAUGAACCUUCUAUUGAUCGACAAACAAAUCUACCUGGAAACCCUACCAAUCAUCGACCAAAUAGAACACGUUAUACGAAUGGGCGACCUCCAAGGAUAUGAGGUGAGCGACGUCGAAUUCAUGGGCCUGCCGAAAAUCCUGAAGCUGGAGAAGAGUUUCGAUUGGCACAUGGCGAGCUUGAAGCACUUAGUCCUGGAGGUCGCAAUAUGUGGUAUUGGCAGCAUGACUCCCGACUGCUUCGACGUGAACAUAUCACACAAUGCUAAGGAUCAGUGGCGUAACCUCAAACGCCUGAUAGGUAUCUGGCCAGAGAUUCGAGAAGAACCACUGACUUCCAUACGGAUUGACCUAAGAAUGUCUGAAUGCAGCUCCAAAUGCAAGACAUACCGAGCAGAUUUCAUAAGAGUCAUACGCAACUUCAAGAGAACAAAAGUGUGGGCAGAGACAGGCGACUGUGCAGUACACCGUGGCAAUAGGAGUUUGUUGCUUCCUCUGGCGAGAGCGUUCAAUCAGGGUCGGAGAAACUGGGUGAAGCAGAGCAAUGUGGGCAACAACCUUAUUGUCAAUUAUGAUUCGCAGGUCCUCAAGAACCACGCUGCAGAGGCAGGUAGCGAAGGAGAUCAAGCAGAAAAAUUCAAGAAGCAGCGAGCGAAGUGGAGCGUCAUGCCUACAGCCGAUACCAGUAGAAGUAAUUCUGCAGUGUGGCCCGAGUGGACUGGCAAGGAAGAAAAGUACAUCGAGGAUAAGAUGCUGCAGAGGACGAGGGAUUGUGACGAUGAGUAUGAAUGUCGAGAGUGUCUGGCCGUUUUCGACAAGCCCAGAGAUCUGAGGCAACACAUCGCACGUGGCCGGCAGAGGGUUGAGAGCAAGCAGUCCCCAAGCACUGAGGUGAAAUGGUCGUGA